AUGUGUCCCGCCUCUCAGCUCUGGGAUGUGCAGCCAUGGAAUGGCUUCACUGAUCCGUCAGAGUUGGCUCAUGCCGUCAGGUGCAAGCAGCUACUCGCUGCGAACCUUCAAGUGCUGGAAAUUGCUUGUGUCGAUCCGUUGGCAUUGUAUCUUAUCUGCUACUCUUCGGCCAAGCUUGCUGUUGCUGAAGCCCUGGUGCGAGACGGGCAUGGCGUGCGCCCGGUGACGGAGGUCUAUCCUGGGCCAUCGGCCUCGGUGUUGGCGGCUGCUGGCCUGAGCAGCCUCGCCAUCGCGCAGCCCAAAGCUCGGCCUCAAGACCUCGCCAUGUUCGCGGGCGUUUGGGUCGAGGAUGGCAUAUGGCCCGCUGAUUCUGUUGGCGAUGAAGGUGCUCACAAUGACGACUCAGCCGGCUUAGAUGACCCAGGCCAAAGUCACUUCCCGGCCUCGGAACGGGCUUUUCACGGGUCGAGGAGACUACGCUUCGUGAGCCGUCGUGGCCUUCUGGCAGAGGCUCAUUUUGGCGAGUCAUUCAGAGUGAUAGCGGGCUCCUUUGCCUUGGAGGAAGACAGCACUACCUUCGAGCCGAAGGACGAUGUCAGGGAGGUGCAUGAGGAAGGCAGCAAAGCAAUUGCCGUUCGUAAGAUAGCUGUCGACACCGAGCCUACUCCGCUGCAUACGGGCAGCUUUACUUCGCAGCUGGUUGCUUCGUCUGAGAUGAAGGACAUCCCCGAAGGAACCAUUUGGCGGCGGAUAUCACGGAGCGACUCGCACAUGGCAGCCGUGGAGCUGCUGACAGAACAGGCCGGAGGUCCCGGUUCUGCACCUCCUGCCAGUGGUUUGAGGGCAGGUGCUUGGAUCAUCUGCGGCGACUUUUGUCUGCAGGUUCUCGGGCCGCCUCGUGGCGAGGGCUUGAUCGGCGGCACCUUGUGUCAAAGCCUCGAGCAGCUGUGCUCAGUUGAAGGCGAAGAAGGGGUCGCCUCUGAGAUGUCGACCCGGUUCGAGGCGUCCGCAGGAAAAGUCCUAGCAGAUGGGCGCGUCCAGCGAGAUCGGGGUUUGGGUCGGGCUGUAGAGGAGGGUGCUUUGCUUUGCGGCGCUCAACAAGAUGAGAGUGGCUUCAAAACAGCAAGCAUCCUCUACAGCACAGGACUGAUGACCAAGGGUGGAAGCCUCACCUUGGAAAGUGUUGCCGGCUCCUUCACUCAAAUCUGGCGCAUUCGGGAACUUGAGGCAAAUCCGUUUGACAGCCCAGCUCUGCGAGCUUCACGAAGAAUGUCUUCUUUGAGUACAGGAAAGCUUGCGUCGCCAUCUGCUGCAGUGGCACGGAUCGCCUCUGCCAUGGGCCCAAAGGGCAGGGGCAAGAGUGUCCCGGGCAAGGGCAAAGGCAAGGGCAAGAGUGGGAUCAAGGGCUCCCGCAGAUCAUCACGGCCAAGUCAGGAAAAGCUAGACUCGAUUUCACUGACAGCACUCCGCACGUGGGAGUGCACCAGCCAGCCACGAUCCCUCAGAGCCGAAGGCAAACGACAGCAAAACCCGAGGCCAAGGCCGCGAGCAGAGAGGCGAUCUGGGCAACAGCAAAGCAGCAAAACACAACUCAAAAGCCUUCGGCAGAAGGCUGCGUCCAGCCGCGUCCAGCCCAAUAACCAAAUUGCAAGACGGACUCCAAAUGCUCGAGCAGGCUCCGCAGCCUUCCCCAGCCCUGGGCCGAUCGGAGCCUGGUCGAGCGUGCGACCCACGCUGCCUCUUCGAGGUGCAUCGGCAAUGUCACGACCACCCACAGCCCGGCCAAGGCCUGCGGCCCCUCCUCUUCGUGUGGGCGGCCUUCCCGAACGAAAGGUGGAAGAUCGCGGUCGGGAACCCCGCGCCAUUGGUGGGCCAUUUCCAGAUCGUUUCUAUGAUCGCUUCCAAAGCAGAAGCGUGACUCUGAAUCCCGCACCACACCGCGACAGCCAUCGCAGUGCCUCGCGAAGAAGAUCGCGAUCGCCAGGUCCUCGUGCUCGUGCUGAACCGAUGGGUGCCCAAAAAGAGAAGAUUCGCCACCGCAGCCGUGGACGCCACAGAUCCCGAAGCAGGAGGGGACUCAACACCCACUCCAAUUUAGUAGCAAUGUCAAUUCGACUGCGUCAUCUGAUUGCAGAUUGA